AUGGCGACUCUAUCGCGAGGCGCGUCUCCGCGCGGAGACAGUAGUCUUGCUGUCAUUUGCACGCUCAUUGAACGCAGCAACUUGGAUCGCAAGUCCAAGCUCGACAGCACCGGUCGCGUCUGCUAUGAGCUCAAGAACGACCCGCUACUGCUCGACAGUUUCCCCAUGGAGCGGCUCAUAAAAGCAAUGCGUCGACUCGUGUGCGACUCUGACACGUCAACGCGCGCAGGAGCGCUGAGAGCGCUACGCUAUGCUAUCAGCAGUAGCAAGAGUAUUAAGCACUUUGUGGACCUCAAUUUGCCAGUGUUUGUCGUGCGCUCGCUCGAGCGCGAGCAGAAACACUUGGCCGAGCGCGUGCAGGCUCUCAAGGUCGUGCGACGGGUGAUGGAGAUUGAUGCGGCGCAGAUGCCGACGGGUCUCGUGGCUUCGCUGACGGCCAUUGCAGGACACAAGGACGACAAUAUGCGGCGCGUGUGUUUGGAGACGCUGCGAGAGCUGGCGCUGCUGAAUGUUGAGGUCGUGGCUGAGGCCAAUGGUGCCAAAAUACUAGUUGAUGCUAUUCUCGAGCCGUCGUUUCAAGAUCUGGCCGACUCACUGCUCAUGACACUACUGCUGAUAUUGAAUGAACCGUCGACACGCAAGUUUAUUGAGCCAUUUGUGGACUCUCAGGUGCUACUGGCACCGUUUACAGACACUGAUCUGCCAGCUGGAAACGAGCGGAGACAGCGAUGGAUGGCAAGUCGGAAUGCCAUUGUGACUAUGAUGCGGUCGUGGACGGGUAUGGUGGUGCUCACAAGCAAUCCGCAAGGUCUGCAGUCGUUGAUUCAACUACUGGUGCGACCAGUGGGUGAAGAUGUACAAAAAGCAGUACUGUCGACUGUUUGUGAGAUUUUCUAUAAGAAGACAAGCUUUGACAAGUCGACAGCCGACGCUGGAGCAGACGCACCAUCUCUCCCUAUCACCAUGUCAAGCGCUGAACAAAUGCCGCUUGCUCUCAAUCACAAUCUGCUGGACAACUACACGGUUGUCAUUCUGCUAGCUAUGAUUCACUGUGGUAUCCUGGAGGCAUUGGUGACGCUAGGGACAGGUCCGUCUCGAGCACUGGCCGAGCCAGCAAUGGACCUGCUAGCUGACAUUUUGCGUAUGGCUUCGCGGUUGCUUCCUGAUCAGCACUGUGCGACUUUGCUUGCACUUCCGCGGCUCGUCUCGUCGACUUCACUCACGAGUACGACUACGAUGUCUCUCGGAGAGCAUGCCAAGAGUCUUGUGGAGCGAUUGCAGCGCGAAAAGUCGAUUCGAGCUAGCGAGAUGUUGAGUGAGCUGGCUAAUGCUGUUGGUGCAAAUUCAGGCAGCAUUGCCACACGUGGUGUGUCCUUGGUGUCAUAUGGUGGCAGCGGUGUAAAUGGCGUCCAGCUGGCAUCAGAGCUCCUGCGCGAUACGAAUCGACCGUCAAAUUUACUGGCUCUGCAACAGAUUGCAGGUGUAGUACGUAUCCCAUCAUCUGGCGGCGGUGGCGGUAUUGGAGGCAGUGGUAGUGGCUCUGCCAACUAUGCUGUAGCCACUCCUUCAACACAGCGUGGUACGAAGAGCGCGAUGGCGCAACUGAAGGAUAGCUUGACAUCACGAGAACUAAUGGUUCUCGAGCUAAAGCAAUCGCUGGAUGCACAGAUGGACGACAGCACUUUCAAAGAUAUGCUACACAACCGUUCACGCGUACUGACAGACAAGAAUUACAAGAACUGGAAUUGGGAUAUUAUCUCCGAGAUGCUGGAGGGUCCGCUUACAAACCCACAGCGGCUGUCAGAAGCUAUGAAAACAAAGUUUUUCAAGCGUCUAUCGGGCUUCUUCCGUUGCGAUCAAGGCAACAAGGGCUAUUUCUCCAACCUGUACUGGAUACCAGACCAUGUGCCUUAUCUGCGCCCGGCCUGUCAAAUGUACACACUACUGCUAAAUCAUCCUGAAGGUUUACUCUUCCUAAAGACGGACCGUCGUGGUCAAUUGCUGACAGAAAUCUCGUCGGCAUUGGAGCUCGAAGCACGGCCUGAAGCUGCUAUCGUGGAGUCGCACAUUGGUGUGCUCAAAGCACGCAUGUUUUCACCUGACUAUGUGUCGCGGCGUAUGUUACGUGAGUACUUUACGCUUCUCGGACUGAUGAGCUCGAGCAAAGAAGGUCUCAAGAUGAUGGAGCAAUCCAAUCUGUUUCAGCGCCUUUACGUCAUGGGGACGACUAAAGGUCAUGACUUCCUGUGUCGGCUUAUUCUAGCCAAUCUGGAUUACUCGGUUGACGGCAGUUCCCGAAAGCUGCUUCAGUCUUGGAUGAUGGAGGGCUCUAAGGCGUUGCGUCUGUACGCGACCUGCUUGUUGCGCGCAUUGCUACGCUCUGAAGUAGCGGAUUUCGAAAAGUGGGGUAUUGAUGCAUUGGUGACACAGCUCACCCAGGAAGAGGAAGUUGCCAAGGCGGCACUAAGCGUGCUGGAAGAGGCUGCUGAGACGCCUGCUUGCCUUUUGGCGAUGAUUCUGAAGCGACCGAUCAAGCUGAUUCAACUAAAGGACAAGCGAGCUGAGUCUUUACUUCUUAAGUCGCUCUCGCUUGCUGAAGGCCUAAACUUUCUUCGCGACACAGGCAACUGGAUCCCACGCACUCUGGCCGCUUGGCGUCGGGAGAAGCACAUUCUGUACGUACAUGCCGUGGAACACGCGCUCUUUCGCGGCCUACAUCGUGAUGCCAGCGGGCGGGAACGCGGAUCAAAUAGUAGCUCGACCAGCACCCGUCAGACGUGUUCUCCUACACCCAUCCCUGUGAACGUGCCCAUGAAGCGAGGUGGACAUAAACCACCUAGCGGCGGAAGCCGUCAGGGAUCUCAAUGGGGGCUGGAUUGGCUGUACCGCAUGCCUUGGAACAUGGAGGUCAAGAUUGUGGGUCCACCAGGAAGCGGUCCUCCAUCGAACCUCAUCUUGGAAACGUACAUUGAUGCUGCGAUGCGUGACGAGGGUGAGGCUACCGGCGUCGAUGACGAACUUCGCAUGAAUUCGAUCCGUGUCAAAGGAAUCGUUGUGGAUGCACGCAAUAUGCCACAACCAGUCGUGGUAAACUCACAGCAGACGUUGCAGGCCAGCUUGUUCCUAGGCACGCAACCAGUUGAUCGGCGCGGGUUUACGAAGCCUCCGCCUCAGAGCAAUGGAGGCUUCGUGUCUACGAGCGGAUCAGCUAGUGGCAGCGGGGCUGGCCUAUCAAGCGAUACGCAGCAGAAAAUGCUGCGUGCGCGGUCGGCGUCAAACCCAGGUAUGGAACGCACCUCCGAGACGACAUCGUCGUCGCUAGAUUUCGCCGAUAAUGGGUCGUCUUCUGCUGAUACGGCAAAGGAGGAGAACAAGGAUUGGAGCUCGUGUCAACCUGAACAACGCUCACCUCAGUACUUGUCAGCGCCAGAGUGUUCACUGUGCGCACCAGGUGAACGCGCUGUGUGGAACUUCCGUGUAGAGAUGGAAUCUGCUGCGGGCACCAACACCACAAAUGGGAGCGUGAAACGCCUUUUGCUCAAAUCUGUCGAGUUCACACUGCAACUGCUACCUCUUCGUCCGCGCACGGUGCCCUUGCCCGUGCAUUUGUACGGCGAGUUGGCAAAAACUAGUGCCGGCUGCCAGAUCCUGCGCGCGUCUGGGCACUUGCCCGAAUUUCUCGCAUGCUUGCGGGACGCUGCAAGUGUUCCACUGGAAAAGCGUGCGGCGCUGUGGGCACUGGGUCACGUGGCUGCCACAUCACGCGGGUACGAUCUGCUGAGUCAUUACGCACAAGACUUCGUGGAGAUGAUCGUGAAACUGGCCACAGAUUCACCGCUUGUGUCCAUCCGUGGAACAUGUUUUUUCGUGCUGGGCUUGCUUGCACGAUCAACUGCAGGGCGGCGGCAUCUAGCGCGUCUUGGAUGGGACGCUCCGCGUGAUGCGUCUCGUACGUCCAUUGCUGUCCCACAAAACUGCACUUCUCUCUUUUUGUGGCCGCCGCCCGGAUCAUCAACUUCCUGUCCAUUGACGCAGACUCCUUCCUCGUCGCCCCUGCAGCGACUACUUGCUCGCCGGCGUGACAAGAUGCCCAAAGAGUGGCAUGAAGUACUACGCUUCGUUGCAGACUUGAGUAAUCAUAUCACUCAGAAAGAGGCGCAUGCUUCGCUCAACAAGCUGCGUUCGUCGAAAUCGGAACUGUUCGAAGAGCCGGUGCUGUUGAUGUACGUGCACGCGCUGUUGGAGAAGUACAGCUACCGGCUGGCACUGCGCCAGUUUCUGCUCAACGCGUUUGAUCGAGCGACGCUGACUGACGAAGUGCUCGAUACGCUUCGGCUUGAAGACGAGGAAGAACAGGGCCACCAGACGCACCAACGUGUCCCAACUGGCCAAGGGCUGCGGCGACGUCGGUCUUCGCUUUCCAUCCCAUCCUUCACGGCCUCGGUGCAGUCACUGAACUCCGCCAUGCAGGCUACGUCUGGUGUGUCGCGCAUGUCGUCUAUGCAGAGCAAUCAAAGCUCUGGUGGAGACCAGCGUUCAACGAUGCGGCUAAAUGCACACAACGACCCGAUCGACCGCACGGUGCUACUCAAGCGAAGCCGCAAGCGCUCUGCUUUUUCCGAAAAGACCAUCGUCGUCGGUGCUCCAGAAGCUGUCGUGUAG